AGUGAAGCCACUUCCCGUCAGUGUGCAUGCGGAUGUUGGGGGUGCAGCCAUGGCUUCGUCGUCACCGAUUCCUACCCUGCAACAGCCAUGGAUGAACUCCCAUGGCGAUGCGCCAUCCCUCUCUCUCCCUCCCUUGCGUUCAUGCACAGCCGCGAAGGAGCUACACCAGCUUCACGCCUGCGUGAUAAAAUCUCCCCACCCUGCACGCGUAAACCACUUCAUCGAAGCCUGCGCCGCCUCCCCAGUCUCAGAAUCCAUGCUUUACGCAAGAUCGGUGUUCGAUGGCAUCGAACGUCCAACGCCUUUUGCUUGGAACACGAUGUUAAGGGGGUAUGCUCAAGGCGAUGACGCCCAAGAGGCCAUACUUCUGUUCUGCCGCAUGCUCUGCUACGAUCAUCUUCUCGCUGAUCGCUUCACCUUCCCUUUCUUGUUCAAGUCUUGCACUAGAUUGCCUGCCAUUGAAGAGGGCAGACAAUGCCACGCCUGUGCUGUGAAACGCGCACUGGAUGGGGAUGACUACGUGCAGAGAUCACUUGUUCGGAUGUACGUUGAUUUUGGGGAGAUUGUGGAUGCCAUGAAAGUCUUUGUCAGGUGCUCUGGUUCGGUGGGUGUUGUUCCUUGGAAUGAUAUGAUCCGAGGGUGUUGCAGAGCCGGCGAAAUGGACGUGGCGCGCCAACUGUUCGACGAAAUGCCUCAGAGAAACAGCGUUUCGUGGACCGUUUUGAUCAAUGGGUACGUGAAGAAUGGGGACAUGAGACGUGCCCGUCGGUUGUUCGAUGAAAUGCCCGAGAAAGACGGAUUUGCAUGGAAUUCUAUGAUCCGGGGAUACACGCAGUGUGGACAGGUAGAGGAGGGUCGGGAACUCUUUGAUGAAAUGCCUCAGAAAGAUGUCGUUUCCUGGACGACCAUGAUUUCUGGUUAUUCUCAGAACUGCAUGUUCAAGGAGGCCUUGGAUCUGUUUCAUGAGAUGCAGGUGGUGAAAGCAAAACCGAACAGAUUGACGCUUGUGAGUGUUCUUCCAGCUGUUGCACAGUUGGGCGCUCUCGCUCAAGGAAAGUGGAUCCAUGCAUAUAUUGAGAAAAUGAAUGUCGAGAUAGAUGGUGUUCUUGGGUCCGCUUUGAUAGAUAUGUACUGUAAAUGUGGAAAUAUCAGCGAGGGUGUUCAGUUGUUUGAGAAUUUAACACUGAAAGAGUUGUCAACAUGGAAUUCUAUGAUCACUGGCUUAGCAGCACAUGGACUUUCUGAUGAAGCACGAAGUAUAUUUUCGAGGUUUCUAGAUUUAAAGUUAGUCCCUAACGAAAUCACGUUUACAAGCGUUUUAAAUGCUUGCGGCCAUGGCGGAUUCGUCGAUGAGGGUCGGAGCAUUUUCUCACUCAUGGUCAACAAAUACAACAUAAUUCCAAAUUCCAUGCACUAUGGUUGCAUGGUAGAUAUUCUCGGCCGAGCAGGGCAUCUUCAAGAGGCCAAAGAACUAAUAGAAAGUAUGCCAAUGGAACCAAAUGCAGUCAUAUGGAAGACACUUUUAAAUGCUUGCCGAAUGCAUGGGAACACAGAAAUCAUAUCAGAAGUAGCAGAACAUGUGAUUGAAUUGGAGCCACAUGACAGUGGCAGUUAUAUACUCAUAUCGAACACGUAUAGAGAUGCUGGCCUAUUGGAUGAAGGCAGCCAAGUGCGGAGGAUGAUGAAUGAUAGGAAGGUGCACAAAAUUGCAGGUUGCAGUUGGAUUGAAGUGAACGGUGCUAUGCACGAAUUCCUUGCAGGUGGAGAGAGUCCGCAUCCGCAACAUAAAGAAAUUUGGUCGAUGGUAGUAGAGAUGGAUAGGUUGUUGAAGCAACAAGAUGGUCUACCAUGAAUGCCGUAUGGUACAGGAAUUGCACCAUAUAAAACUUGAAGUCCAUCCGGAUGUUAUAAGUAACAGGUUCUCGGAAGUGAUUGGAGACCCUCUCUAGAGUCUUUCUGGACUCUAUAGAAAAUGUCGAUGUGGCCUGAGAAUGUGCUGUGGGAUCCAUUGGUCCCAUUUCCUUUUUUGACAUGGCUUUGUUGCUUAGGAGAUUGAACUAAAUAAAUUCUGGGAGCAACAUAAUGGACCUGCCAACCGAUAGAUUGAAUCUUCAACCUGUUUACGCACACAGUCAUGGCAGACCUCCUUUACUCGAGAAGAUCAUUUUGCUAAUAUAGAGAACUAGAAGUAAAAAUCCUUAAAGGUAUGGUAUCUGUUUCCAACUGUAGCCCGGUUGCAGUUUUUAUGACUUUCACCUGUCAUGAAAGUCUUCUGACACUCUGGUUUACGUAGAAGUAGAAAGAGAAUGAAGGCAUGGCGUUGGGAUGGCAAAUAGGUUGGUUCAGGCAUUCAAGGCACCGUAGGUUUCAGUCGGUGGCCAUUCAUGUCUUCUUUUUUCUAAAAUAGAACAGCAAGAGCCAGGAGAAAUGAAUGCAGAGCGCGUUCUUCUUUAAGCCAGCGAUGGACAGCUCAAUUGAAGACGCUCACAUGGCAUGGCUCGUAGAUCAUGUUAUAAAAGAGGAACACUAGAAGGAGGUGCUGCAUAGCACUUUGGGGGAAGGGAAGAUGGAGUCAAGAGUUGGAAUGAGAGCUGCGGUUUUUGUCUAUCUGGUUGCUCUUCUUGCAGGGACUGAGGCAAGAAACAUGCCUACUCAGGUUGACAAGCCUCAAACUAUCCCCGGUGACUUUGGAGGCCUCGGCGGCAACCCAUUAAUGGGAAUAGGAGGAGGCCUGCCAGGUUUCUUCAAUGGAGUUCCUGGGCUUGGGGGUUCUGGUUUGUCCAUCCCACCUGUACUUGGACUUGGAGGAGCGCCAAGCUUGUUUAACCCACCUGCACUUGGUGGAGGAUUUCCCGGAAUGUUGAACCCACCUCAGCUGGGGCCGGGAGGAAGGCCCAGCAUGUUCAACCCACCUGCGUUUGGUAGCUUCCCGGGCUUUGGAGGUGGCCCUGGCUUUGGGGGUGCAAUUCCUCAUGACCUUCAGCCUGAUCUUGUGAAGAAAAGCAUCAGCUCUCCCUGAUCUUUCUGUUUGGAGUGGGUAGAUGUUAGGUUGUGUUAUCUUUCCGUAAUCGUAUAGAUGUUAGGUGAUGGUAUCUGUAGAUCAAACUGUAGCUUUUGCUGCUCGUGCUUGUGUUUUAUUUCAGUUAUGUCAGUGUCUGUGGGGUGUGGUCGGGGACCUCUCUUCUGCUAUGUGGUUUUGCUGAACAGUGUUCUAUAUGCAACUAUUAUCAUUGUCUUGUUGCCCUGUAUGUGUUCACCUGUAUUCAUAUCCACCAUUGUAAUGUUAUGCUCUCUCUCUCUCGCUUA